AUGACGCCCACCCCGAGCGACGCCGCCAUGGCCGCCGCCCGGCGCGGGCCCAGCCAGCAGACGAUCGCGCGCUGGUCGGCGGUGACGGUGCCGCUGAUGAUCGUGGCCGUCGUCAGCUGGGCGUCGUACGUGGUAAUCGCGAAGCUGGCGGUCGCCCGGCUCAUGAACCCGUCGGACUCAGCCAACCGCAACCGCGGCGCCGCCGUCGCCGUCAUCGUCGUCCACUGCCUCCUGCUCUUCCUGACGGCCGUCGCUUACGUGCGCAUCCUCGCGACGCUCAAGGUCGAUCCGGGGUUGGUGCCGCUGGGCCGCGGCAGCGCGGAUGAGGGGAGGAGGAAGAGGAGGGGUUCGAGGAGGACUGGGGGCCGCGGACAUCGGGAAAGAAAGAGGUCCGGGGCUGGGUUGGAGCAGCAGCAGGGCCAAAGAGGUUGGACGAAUGAUGAGGGCGUGUUUGAGGAUGAGAUGGGGAGGACGUGGUCGGAGAGGCAGCACGAGGAGAAGUUGAAGCGGUUGGAGAAGUUUGUGCCGCGUGAGGUGUUUGUGUGCGAUUAUGAUGGGCUGCCGCUGUGGUGCGAUAAGUGCAGCAAUUGGAAGCCGGACCGCACGCAUCAUUGUAGCGAUUUGGGGAGGUGUGUGCGUAGGAUGGAUCACUUUUGUCCUUGGGUUGGCGGUAUUGUCUCGGAGACUACGAUGAAGUUCUUCAUUCAGUUCACUUUUUAUGCCACCUUCCUGGGGAUUUUCAUCAUCGUCACAGACGCUAUUCUUUUGGCCCGGGAUAAGCAUCAGCGUCAUCCCGUCGACUCGCAUAUGGCCGUACUGCUUGGAUUCACUGGUCUCUUCACCCUCUUCGCUGUUGGCAUCUUUGGCAACACUUUCUUCAUGACGCUCCGCAACUUCACCACCGUGGAAGCCCUGAACCGCGGGGGCGCAACGUACCACCUGUCCGUCCUUAUCACGCCCUCUUGGUGCAACCGCAGAAACGACGAGCAGUAUCCUUUUCGGACGACUACGUAUCCCGGUGCACCGGGUGCUCUCUACGCGAUUCUGAUGACUCGACCUGGCGACAACCCCUGGGAUGUGGGCAAGUUGCAGAAUCUGAAAAGCGUGAUGGGCGAGAGUAUCAUCGAUUGGUUCCUGCCGCUCAAGUUGAGCCCAUGCACAAACCACGACAGACAAGACUCGGAAUUCGAAUUUGGUCCCUCGGUCGAAAAUGCAAAGAGAGAAGCGACGGGUUACUAA